UUGCAUUGUGUCCUACCGUCACGUGGAGAUAGUCACAUGACGAAUCACCUGUUUUGAGGUCAAAGAGCACGAAGUAAACAUGGCAAUGUUGAAGAUGUGCGGGUCGCUCUGUUUUCUGCUCGUUCUGUGUUGUUUGUCCCAGUCUAGCGUCGCUGCUCCCAGCACGUUCAACUGGGCCUCCUACUAUGGGAACCACAUGGUUCUACAGCAGGGCCCACACAGGGCUGUACUCUGGGGGUACGGAGAGGUGGGAGCCACUGUCAACGUCAGCUCUACAUCAGGAGGUUUUUACUCAACCAAAGUCUAUGAAGGCCACGAUGGUAGAGGUGUUUGGAAAGUGACGCUGCAGCCGACGGCAGCGGGAGGGCCGUACCAGUUCCAGGGCGUCCAUGACAACCAGGGGAUGUUACAGUGGAUCCUGCUGAAGGACGUUAUGUUUGGAGACGUGUGGGUGUGCAGUGGGCAGAGCAACAUGCAGUUCACUGUCAGUCAGGGCUUCAAUGCCUCAGCUGCCAUCGCAGAGGCUAAAAACUUCCCAGACAUCCGACUGUUCACAGCAGACCUGGUGCAGUCUGACAAACCUCUGUAUGACUUGGACAAGAUCCUGCAGCCCUGGGCUGUGGCUAGCUCUGAAAGUGUUGGAGGUGCAGAUUGGCAGUACUUCUCUGCUGUUUGCUGGUUCUUUGGGAGAGAUCUGUACAAACACCUGGGCUACCCCAUCGGACUGGUGGCCACUACCUGGGGCGGCACACCUGUGGAGGCGUGGUCAUCUCCUCAGGUGUUGGAAAAGUGCAACAUUACAAACAGAUUUGAGUCAGAAGACUUGCAGUAUACAGGUCCUGAGGUGGGAGGGCCCAAAGGACACUCUGUGCUGUGGAACGCCAUGGUUCACCCUCUACUUAACAUGACCAUCACAGGAGCCAUCUGGUAUCAAGGAGAGGCUAAUACUGGUCACCCUGACUCCUACUCCUGUUCCUUCCCUGGGAUGAUUGACAGCUGGAGGAAGGAGUGGUACAUGGGGACUGGCGGACGGACAGACCCAUACUUUCCUUUUGGAUUUGUGCAGCUCUCUACCACUGGCACCCCAAAAGCCACCGGUAAUUUGGGCUAUCCAGCCAUCAGGUGGCACCAGACAGCUGACUACGGCUAUGUCCCUAACCCAGUCAUGCCCAAUGUCUUCAUGGCAGUGGCUGUGGACCUGCCUGAUGCAAAGUCACCAUUUGGCAGCAUCCAUCCACGGGACAAACAGGACGUAGCCAGCCGAUUGGUCCUCGCUGCCCGUGCCGUAGCCUAUGGUGAGACUGAUGUGAUGUUUCAUGGUCCCAGACCUGCCAGUGUGUCUGUGGACGCCUCCACCAAAAAUAUUGACUGGAUCUAUCCCAAAGCCAUGAACAUCACUGUCAAGUCUAAAGAUGGCUUUGAGGUGUGCUGCUCCCCAGACUUGGACCAGUGCUCCAUGACUUCGCAGGAGUGGGUUCCAGUCCCCAUCGUGUCCAGCACCUCCUAUUCCAUCACCCUGCAGCUCACGCAGGACUGCUGGGAGAACGUCACGUACAUCCGCUACCUGUGGAAGGAGUGGCCCUGCGAUUUUAAGGAAUGUGCCGUGUACUCGGAAAACGACUUACCCGAGGCACCGUUCUUUGGAUGCAUGAUGGAGCCUGACAAGAAACCCCCCUGCUAGAAUGGCAGUGAAUGUGCAAUGUCGUCUACUGGUGUAACUAGUAAAUUUCUGAAAUGCUUACAUUGUUCUUUAAUGGUGGCUUACAUAAAAUUUUACUAUGCAAUUCCAAGCUGUGGCAUCAAGUACAAUGUACAUGUAGAGAAGGAGUCUUCUAAAAUGUUGGUAAAUUGUAGGUGGCUUACAUGUAGUUUUACUAUGCAAUUUUAAGCUGUGCACUUCAUA